AUGAGCCAAAAUAAUUCCUCAUAAGUUGAUUAAAAUAUCUUACCUCCCAUCGAUCAUAAACCUUAUAGCGAAAACACUCAAUAUAUCACUGAUAAUAUUAAGCAAAAAUAUAGUGAAAUCAAUAAGAAAAUUCAAGAACCUUAAGUUUAGGAGAAAUUGGGAUAAGUAACCAAUGUACUUUUUACUAGAACAAAAGAAUUUGGAUAUAUUACGCUAGAUUAUUUUGUUAAGACUUUUGAAAUCACUAAAACUACAUUUACAGAUCUACAUCAACUUUAUCAUAAAUGAAUUUGUUAUUUUCAGUUCAACAUUAUUUAAAUUUACAAUUAUACAAAAAA